AUGGCGCUGGGCUCAGCGUACCGAGCUGGGCAGUUGAUAGGGACUGAAAACGGCGGACAGGAUGAGCCUGACUCCCACGUAUUUAAUAUUCCAGCUGUCUUAUCUACGUGCAUCAAUGAGGAGACCAGUGGCCAGUUUGCUAUAGUGAAGAAGUGCCAAGAGAAAGGUACCGGAGUAGAAUAUGCAGCUAAAUUCAUUAAGAAGCGUCAGAGCAGGGCCAGCCGCCGUGGAGUGAGACGGGAGGAAAUUGAACGGGAGGUGAAUAUUCUGCAGCAGAUCCUACAUGGCAACAUCAUCAAGCUGCAUGAUGUCUACGAGAACAAGACAGAUGUGGUGCUCAUCCUUGAGCUAGUGUCUGGAGGAGAACUUUUUGACUUCCUAGCACAGAAAGAGUCUUUGAGUGAGGAGGAAGCAACCAGGUUCAUUAAGCAGAUUUUGGAUGGUGUUAAUUACCUCCAUUCCAAGAAAAUUGCACAUUUUGAUUUAAAGCCUGAAAAUAUUAUGCUUCUAGACCAGAAUAUCCCUAUUCCACACAUAAAGCUCAUUGACUUUGGCCUGGCCCACAAAAUAGAAGAUGGAGUAGAAUUUAAAAAUAUUUUUGGGACACCAGAGUUUGUAGCUCCAGAAAUAGUAAACUAUGAGCCACUUGGGCUAGCUGCAGAUAUGUGGAGCAUAGGAGUCAUCACUUACAUACUGCUGAGUGGUGCAUCGCCUUUCCUUGGAGAAAAUAAGCAGGAAACUCUUGCCAACAUCACAGCUGUGAACUAUGAAUUUGAUGAGGAAUUUUUCAGUCACACCAGUGAUCUGGCAAAAGACUUUAUCCAGAAACUCCUGGUGAAAGAUACACGGAAGCGACUCACAAUUCAGGAAGCACUCUCUCAUCCUUGGAUAACGACUCACCAGCUGAAGGUAGAGACAAAAGUCCAAGAAAACAAGAAGGCUGAGAAUACACAGCUGAAAACAAAACGUUUGAAAGAAUACACCAUAAAGUGCCAUUCAAGUAUGCCACCAAACAACACCUACGUCAAUUUUGAGCGCUUUGCCCAUGUGGUAGAAGACAUUUCUCUGAUGGAACGUGGUUUUAGUACUCUAGCUGUGUCUCACGAUUCUUUGCAGGAGGACAUAGAUGCAUUGGUUUCCAUUUAUAAUGAAAAAGAAGCUUGGUACAAAGAAGAAAAUGAAAAUGUGAGGCACAAGCUUUCCCAGCUUAAGUAUGAAUACCGUAAAAUCGAAUCUCUGAAGAGACAUCUUCAGGAUGAUAUCCAGACUAUAGGUGCCAGUCUUGCAAGCGUCACUGGGAAAUACAUUGAUCUACAGUCUCAAUAUGAGUCUCUGAGUCGGGAACUUUCUGAAGAACUCAGUUGGAUCCAGGAUUUAAUGAGUAAUUUUCAGCAGGAGAAUGGAAAUGAAGCAUCUAUGAAUGGAAACUUUGGCUCUGUUUUUAACAAAGAUAUUAAUGAAUCACUAAUGGAGCUUAUAAACAGAUCUUGCUGUGAAGAAUUCCUUGCAGGAUUGAAUCUUGAUGUUGCAGACUCAAGUCAAUAAUGGUGACUUGGGUUUCUAAUGCAGAAAGGUCUCUGUUUUCCUGUCUGUCUUGUUAUACAGCAGUAACAAAAUCUGUUACCUCAGCAGAAAAACAUUAUGUAGGCAUCAAAGCAAAAUAUUGUUGUGUUGCACAAACUUCUUCAGUGUUUUUAGUGGUGACAUUCUUGUGACAAGUUUAGUUUCUGAACUCCUAGAGGAGUAGAUAUCACAUUAUUGCAAGGCUUGUUUGUCCCUGAAGCUAUUUUGUUUUAACAUUACCAUGAAAUGUUAAAUAUACCAGUCCUGAAGAUUAAUGGGUAAUUUACAUGAAAUGCUUAUUUACAGUUACUACAUGCCUUAAAGCCUAAAAAAAAAUCAUGGUAACAUCCUUGUUUGGAUAAAGGAAAUAGUCAUGCAGAGCAGAUAAUUGAGAAUACUUAUGAAAGUUAAUUCAGCCAUAUAAACUGGAGCAAGUGAUGCAGUGAUUUAUCAGUUCGCACUGUGAAGAUCUCCAUGAAAAUCAGUGCUGCUGAAGAAAAAGUACAAGUGAUUAUUUUUAGGCCAGUUAUUCAGGGUAGAGCCAGUCCUUUAUCAUUCUAAGAUGCUUAUUUUUUACUUCUUUAAAGAUCUAGUUCUCUUCAUAAAAUCAGGUGUGCCAAGUGUCAUGUACCAAAGUAAUUAUUUUCAAAAGCAAGAAUUGAGAAUUUGUAAUAAAAUGAUUGGGUAAUUGUGUGUGUGUGUAUGUAUGUAUAUGUGUAUAUGUAUAUGUAUAUGUGUAUAUAUAUAUAAUGCCAUGCAAAUAUUAGAGUCUAAUGAUGAUGAUCAGGCAGUGUCAAUAGAGACCCCCUUUCAUUCCACAAAAAGGAAGAUCCAGCAAGUAGGCAAAUCAUUGGCUCCCUUGUGGGACUUGAUACUGCUGGUGGUGUUGGAAAGGCUGUUUUUGAAAUGUAUUACAAAGUAAAGGAAAAAAGGCAGUCUGAAAUGGAAUCCUGGACUGUAUUUCUGUGGUUCAAAGGAGAAGUGAAUUGCAUAGCCUGUAUUUAUGUGUAAAAUGUAAUCACAUUUUGGACACAAUAAAUUGUCCUUUAUUCAGGGUG